AUGGGGGUCGGCAGGUGCCUGGUCCUGCCGUGGCGCUGCGUGGUGGUCCUGUGUCUCAGGCUGCUCUUCCUUGUGCCCGCAGGAGUGCCCGUGCGCAGCGGAGAUGCCACCUUCCCCAAGGCGAUGGAUAACGUGACCGUCAGGCAAGGGGAGAGCGCCAUCCUCAGAUGUACCGUGGACAACAGGGUCACGCGAGUAGCUUGGCUGAACCGUAGCACUAUCCUUUAUGCUGGGAAUGAUAAGUGGUCAAUAGAUGACCGGGUGGUCAUCGUCUCCAACACCAAAACCGAGUACAGCAUUAAGAUCUUUAAUGUGGACAUAUAUGACGAAGGCCCUUACACCUGCUCCGUACAAACCGACAAUCAUCCAAAGACAUCGCGAGUCCAUCUCAUCGUUCAAGUCCCUCCCCAGAUCAUAAACAUCUCCAGAGACAUCACCGUCAAUGAAGGCAGCAGUGUAACCCUCCUGUGCUUGGCCUUUGGGAGACCAGAACCUACGGUGACAUGGAGGCAUCUGUCCAGCAAAGAUCUAUCAUGUUAA